AGGUGGACCUGCCUGUCAGAUGGUUUGUUGUUGUUCUGUCUGCCAGGUUGAGAGGGGGAAUGUGAAAGUGAGAAAUUUAACAAGGUAACCAGGAAACAGGGCAGCCACAGCCACGUCCAAUCCGAUGGAGCUUCAGAAGCCGUAACUUUCUUUGACAAGAGAGAAAACUUUUGUUAAACAAGCUUGUCAAGUUCAGGUUUGUUGUCGCUUGAAAAAGAACAGCGUCUUUCCUUUGCAGUGGAGGCUGAAAGGUUGUUUGUGGACGGUACAAUGAGAGAAGAGGUGUCCUGCACCAACUCCCCCGAAGGAGGUCUAGGCGCAAGCGAAGAAGAACUGGAAAGAGGAUCGAAGAAGACCCUUCAAACAGGAAAUCGAAAACGUUCACCUUACCCCAAGAAGGACAGUCUCUGUCAGUCAGAGGAGAGCAGCACCGGCAGCCCCACCAGCCUGCUGCCGUCUGUUCCGAAGAAGGUGAAGAAAAGCCCUUCGACAGUUGUGUCGUUGGGCCCCACGUCGCUGGGCCCCAGGCUGGAUCAACCCUUCGAGGACCUCCACUCUCAGCGCGUCAUCGCCAACGUGCGGGAGCGUCAACGCACUCAGUCCCUGAAUGAUGCCUUCGCCUCGCUACGCAAAAUCAUCCCCACGCUACCUUCAGACAAGCUGAGCAAGAUCCAGAUCCUGAAGCUGGCCUCACGCUACAUUGACUUCCUCUACCAGGUGCUGCAGAGCGACGAGAUGGACGCCAAGCUGGCCAGCUGCAACUACCUGGCCCAUGAAAGACUGAGCUACGCCUUCUCCGUCUGGAGGAUGGAGGGGGCCUGGGCCAUGUCCGCCAGCCACUAGGAUCCCAUCGAACUUCUCUCCUAAACCCUCUUGUUUCCACAUCUCCACCCCGCUGCCUGUGUCUGUGUUUGCCCCCAUUUUCUGACCUCUGAUUUCUUCCCCUUUUGGGCUGAUCCUAACCUUUUCAUCUAAAAUCUUUCCAAACAUUCCUGCUCUAUCUAUAUGCUCUAUAAUGGUUCACUCCAUCGCUACACCAUUAAUAACAUUCAGAGUCUGAUCUUUGCAACUAAAACCUCUCACUGUUCCCCUCCAUUGUUUCCACCUCCACUGCUCCCCCUUGUCUUUCCUACAGUUUAGUCCAGUGCAACAAGACGUUCCACUAAAGCCCCUCAGAAAACCAACAAAUGGAAAAUUCUCCACACUCAAAGAAGAAAUCUUUUCCUUCCUCCCGAGACAAGACCCAUUUUCUAUAUUUUUUUAAUCUUUCAAAAAACCUUUUUCUCUUUUUCUGGACACAUGCUUGACUCAUGACACUGAGAUGCACUCUUGCAGCUUGACUCUAACAGUCCAGUGUUUCAGAAACACUGGUGAGGACAUGAUAGUCAAGUGCUGAACAUUUGGAAUGAUGAAAACAAGGGGAAAAAAACAACAGCUGGCCUGCGUUGACAAUGAAACAAAAUGGCUGCUGGUUUGAGUGCCUUGGGUAACACCGUGAUAACCAUCAUCCACCUGACUCUUCACAUCGGAUGACUCACUGCCAGACGGACUUUAAGAUGACUCAUGAUAAUGGCACAGUGAUGGUUAGAGGGCGGUCACAGCCAAUGAAUGUUUACAGCUAAAAUGCUAAUAAGCUAAUCGCUCUGGCUCUCAAAGCCCAGUCUUGUGGGAAAAAGAGGAGCAUGAGGAUUCUGACGCAGAUCUUCUACUUUGUUGUGCUAUAACAACUGGAUAGCUUUCUGUGUAUUUUUUUUUUCUAAGUGUAUCUGUUUGUGAAUUCGAUAUAUGCACUCUGUCUUACUUUGACUCUGCUCAUGCAUUACACUUGGCUUUAAUGAAAAAUGCCCAUGGGAAAAUGUCUUAAACCACUGUUCACAUUUUAGCCACUAUUACACUUCUGUUUAUUUUCACUGUAGCUUUUCUGUUAUUUGUGAGCUUUGCAGAAAGUAGUAUUUUAAAAUGCAAGACAAUCUGAUAAAUGUCAAUUUCCUGCAGCUUUAUGAAAUAUCUUUGCAAACUUGUGUUUCUCGCAAUAAUGCAAAA